AUGGACUUGCCUGAAGUUUCAAAUGGGGAGAUGAAGAUGAGGAAGAGGAAGCGGAGGAGGAGGAGUCGAGUCGCAGAGGUGAAGGAGAUUCACCAACAACUGGACCACCUUAAUGUAAGAAAGCAGCAGUCAGCAGGUGUAAGCGGCCCACCGUUGCCCCUCCGGAUGAAGCGUCCCCAAGCGGAGCGCCUGGCGUGUAGGAUGACGGUUCGGAAGAAGAACUCGGCUAUCCGUGUGCACGAGCUGCGACCGGGAUGGGCGGGCAUGGAUGUGAAAGGCCUCGGCUUCAGGGGCCGGGGACCCGAAAAAAAAUCAGUCAAGUCGAGGGCGGCUGAGCUGGCCCGCCGGUCCUUCGUCCGGUUUCCCGAGGGCAUCGGGAGCCAAUUCGCAGAUGGUGCGGCAGAUCGCUCGGAAACGUUCUACGCGGACGGCGCAGAGCCUGAAACUUGGACCUGUAAACCAGCAAAGCAAUGUAGUCCGGUGGCACUGCUGGGCCAACUGCGAGCGGGUCUGCGCUACUACUGCCUGACGGAGAGAAUCCGUGGCCGGCCGCAGAGGAGUUUCACCGCAGCCGUCUGGGUGGAUGGGCGGAUUUUUGAGGGCCACGCCAGCAGCAAGGGCACAGCCAAGGCUCGGGCGGCCGCCGCCGCUCUGUUCAGCUUCUACCAACUGGGCGAAAGGAAGUUGGGGGGCCUCCAUAGUGACAAACAGCAACUACCUCAUUUCUUGGCAGAGUCUAUCUUCCAGCUGGUCAAACAAAAAUAUGAGCAGCUGAUGGAGCAAACCUUGGCUACGCACGACAUUGCCGCCAUCGUCAUGACGACAGGUUAUGAGGUGAGCUCGGCCCAGGUGGUCGCCAUGGCGACAGGGACCAAGUGUUUGGACCGGGAUGCCGGCCAUCUCGACGAGGACGUGUUGCGCGACUGUCAUGCCGAGGUCGUGUGCAGGAGGGCGCUGUUGGGCUUUUUAUACACGCAGCUGGAGAUGCUGCUGAUACGUCCUCCGGACCAGACGGCCGCAGGAUCGGCGUCCAUCUUUGAAGCGGCGACCGCUCGCCGCGGGGUCUUCAGACUGCAGGACCGCAUCGGAUUCCACAUGUUUGUCACCUCGUCCCCGUGCGGAGACGCCAGACUCAACUGUCCCUAUGAAAACUUCGCAUCACCCUCCAGGAUGACCAACUCGCUACGUUGUGGCCUAAGGACUAAAGUGAGCGGCGGCCAGGGAACGCUGCCCAUCGCCAAUCAGAAAAGAGCGAGCGUGUUGCCGGGGAAACUUCAAGUCAGCAUGUCUUGCACGGACAAAAUUGCCAAGUGGUGCGCGGUGGGCCUGCAGGGGGCGCUGUUGUCUCACUUGGUGGAGCCCAUCUAUCUUCGCAGCCUGACGGUGGCGACGUUGAGCCACACGGGCCACUUGCGGCGCGUCCUGGCUCGUCGCCUCGCUCCCAUGAAACGUCACGCCGCCCCCUAUCGACGACAACUGCCGCUACUAGCGUGUUUAGGCUCUGGCCAACGUCGUGCAGGCGGGAAUUCAUCCCGCAUCAGCUUGAACUGGAGCCACGGCGACAGCGACACGGAGGAGCUGGCCGCCACGUCUGGGUUGCGUCGCCGUUGCGGGACGCCUUCAAGACUCAGCGGUCGUCAUUUCUUCCACCGCUGGCAGCGUCUGCACAGGCGGCUUAACGACUGGACGUCAGAGGACUUGCUGAGGACGCACCGCGCCUGGAAGCGGGCGGCCGUUCCGUAUCAGAAGGCCGUGCGGCACUUUGGCAACACCUUACGGGAUGCCGGACUCGGAACGUGGAGCAGAAAACUCACGCGAAGCGCGCAACUGAUUGAGCGAGACAAGCAGGUGAUGGCCAAGACAUCUACAAGCCCACGUCUGGACCACCAAAUCCCGCCAAGAGCUUUCGGGGGUCAACAAUGUCCAGAACAAUGGCGGGACAUCCUGCUUUUUCACAAGGAACGCCAGAUAACAAGAAGACUCCACAGCUGA